AUGAUUCGAAUUAAUGAAGAUCAAGUCCGAGUGACCAAUAUCGUGGAUGUCGACUUGGGAAAGGAUCAUGCAACGGUAUUACACGAUGUAAAUCUUAAAACGCGUCCAACUCUAUUACACUGUCAUCGACAUGAUGAUACAUUCGAUUUUGCGGCACGAAAUCGUAUCAUUGCUGUACUUAUUCUUUGUAUCGUUUUCAUGAUCAUUGAAAUUAUUGGUGGCAUGCUUUCGAAUUCUACGGCAGUCAUGGUUGACGCUAUCCAUAUGACGACCAAGCAACCAACGAAACGACUUUCAUUUGGUUAUCACCGAGCAGAAGUUCUUGGAGCGCUAUCGAGCGUUUUGAUUCUAUGGUUUGGUACCGGCUUUCUUGUCUAUAUGGCUAUUGGCCGUUGUGUUGAUCAGAGUUUCGAAGUGAAACCGAAUGAAAUGAUUGUGAUCGCUUCAUGUGGUGUUCUAUUCAACAUUGUGAUGUUUUCUGUGUUGCAUACCAAUAUUGGUGAUCACUCCAUUUCACAUCAUGGGCAUUCACAUCGAAAUAAAUAUGAGCAUUUAGAGGAAAACCAUGGUAUUCAAACUCCUAACAGUGACGUUCUAUCGAUUGAGAUUGCAUCGCCCGACCAUCAGCACUCGCAUUCACAUUCACAUCAUAAACCAUCAAAGUCAUCCAACAAUAUCAACGUCCGAGCAGCCGUCAUCCAUGUCAUCGGCGACUUUGUUCAGAGUGUUGGCGUCCUCUGCGCUGCCAUACUCAUCAAGCUCAAACCUGAAUACAAACUAGCCGAUCCGAUUUGUACUUUCAUCUUCUCAAUCUUGGUUCUCAUCACCACGAUCACAAUCAUGCGUGAUAUUGUUGUCGUUCUCAUGGAAGGUGUUCCAUCACAUGUCAACUACAGUGGCAUCGUAGACGAUCUUCUUCGUUUGCCAGAUGUUCGAAAUGCUCAUAGUCUUCACAUCUGGUCAUUGUCAACUCAAAAGGUGGCAUUAUCUGUUCAUAUAGCGAUAGAAAACGAAGGUGAUUCGAUGAGAGUACUGACUGAAGCACAAGAAAUGCUUCGUCGUGAUCAUGGAAUCAGUCGAUCGACGAUACAAAUCGAAAUUCAUGAUGUAGAAACUGUAAAUUCCUUGACCGGCUACCGGCGAUCUGACCUCUGA